AUGGGGACUCGACUGCCAUCAAAAAGCAUCGCUGUAGAAUUCAUGUACACCAUCACUCCGCCUGGCCUUCCCAAGGAGCCUGGAAAGAAUGAGCAGAAGCGCGCGCCUCGCUUUCUUCGGGCUCUCCCCAACGCUCGAAGGGCCAACGGGACGGACCUUGAUUCAGAGGCGGCUGCUGGUGCUGCUGCAUCGACCACCUUCCCCUCCAUCUCCGUCCUUUCUGCGCUUCUCGCGCCUCUCAUCCUCGCCACGCCACGCCUGCCUUGCUACAGCAAGCCGCUCGUCAUGGCUUCCAACGGCAACACCCGCGGCGCAUCCGCCCAGCGCGGUGCUUCCAACUCGGGAUUCCGCGGAGCUGGCAACAAUCAUGCUGGAGGUCGCGGCGGCGCCAAUGCUGCCAGUCGAGGUGGCGCCUCCGCUGGCGGUCCGCAGCCUUCGAGGUGGGGUAACGGUCCCCCUGCCAACACUGGUGCUUCUGCUCCCCACGCUCAGUCUCGAAACGUGCCAGGCGCGAGGCCCGCUCCUGACAACAGCGCCAAGGCCGCCAACCAACGCACUGCAGCACCGCCGAGCCAGUCCACCACCAAUCAGCAGUCGUCCGCCUCCACUGCCUCGGCCCCCGCUUCCGCCCAGGGCGACUCGCAGAAACUCAUGCACGACCGCAUGAUGUUCCUCCUCGUCACGCUCAUCGGCAACCCCGUCACCGUCACCGUCAAGGGCGGCUCCCAGUACUUUGGCAUCUUCUCGGCUGCCAACACCGAAGGCGGCGAGCUCGGCGUCGCCCUCGCCUCCGCCCAGCAGAUCCCUCCCGCAGACGCCAAGGACGCACAGCCUCAGCUCGGCGCUCUCAAGUCGUCUCUGCUCAUCAACGCAAAGGACCUCGAGAGCAUCCAAGCUGCCGAGGUGCGCGUGCAAGAUCAGGCAAAGGAGAUGCGUGAGGCGCGCGAAAAGGAGGCCUUCCGCACCGACACCGAGAUCUCCAAGGCCUUCGACCCGCUCGGAAGCGGUAGAGCCCUCCAAAAGUGGUCCGACGACCCCGACCUCGCCGACCUCGACGAUCACAGCUCCAAGCUCCCAGCAUGGGCCUCCCCCAGCGAUGCCAAAGCUAGCGGAGCAGGAGGCCUCGAGGACUCCAACAGCAACAAGCCCUGGGACCAGUUCGCUGCCAACGAGGCCCGCUUCGGCAUCAAGUCCAACUACGAGGAGAACCUCUACACCACAAAGCUCGACCGCACCGGCAAGGACUUCCGCGACCGCGAGCGCGAGGCAGACCGCAUCGCACGCGAGAUCAUGGGCCAGGCCACCAACAAUCCGCACAUGGCCGAAGAGAGGGGUCAUGCCGACGACUCGGGCGUCAACGAGGAGGACAAGUACGGCGCCGUCGUCCGCAACCCCAACGCCUACGUCCCGCCUGCGCUUCGCAACAAGUCGGGCGCUGGCGCCGCCACCGCCGCCGCCAAGAAGCCCUCGCCAGCUGCGCCCCCUGCCGCUGCUCCGGCAAAGUCCAACGGCGCUGCUCCUCCCGCUCCAGCCGCGCCCGCCGACGUGGUCUCGGCAGCACCAGCUCCCCUUGCCACCAACCUGCCAACCGUCAACGUCAAGGUGCCGAGCCCCAGCAUUCCUCAGGAGCCCACGUCCAAGGACGCCGCAGGCAAAAAGGCCUCCAUCGACGCUGCCAACCCGCUCAUGGGCGACUUCCGCCAGUUCGUCAGCUCAGAGCGCGAGCGCCUCGAAAAGAAGAAGGCAGCGCUCGCCAAGAAGGAGAAGGACACGCGUCUCGCCGAUCUCAAGUCGUGGGCGAGCUCGUUCAAGCUCAAGACGCCCAUGCCGUCGGACGUCGCCGACAUGGUGCAGAAGGACAAGCCCGACGCCGCCUCGGACAAGCCGCGCGACCCGAGCCUGCAGAAGAGCCUCAGCCCCACGCCUUCCCACUCGGCCGCCGUGGCUGCCGCCAAGGCCGACGCCAGCCGCUCCUCGGCCACCUCGCGAGCAGCGCAGGCUUCCUCGUCUAACGUCGUCAGCCCUACCGGAGGCUCGGGAUCCGCCGAGGCCAGCCGCGACGCGCACAAGCUCGCCGAGAGCAAAGCUCUGCUUCAGAAGAUGACCAUCCCCAAGAUCCCGCCGUUCAACCCUGACAAGUUCAAGGCACGCCAGGCGGCUGCCGCUGCGGGCUCCGGUGGCGAAGCCGACGACGCCGCCAAGGCGCCAGCCAAGCCAGAGGGCGGCAUGCCGUCCUCCAUGAGCACGUCAUCGUUCAAGCUGAGCGCCAAGGCGAGCUCCUUCAAGCCCUUCAAUCCGAAUGCAGCCACCUUCACUCCCGGCGGAGCGAGCUUCACACCCGCUGCGCCGCCCUCGAAUGCGGCAGCUGCUGCGAGCCCUGCACCCGCCGCGGCUGCCGGGCCGUCGCUUUCGGCUCGUCCUUCGCUCACCUCGACGCCGCCGACCGCCUCGACGUCGGCCGCCGCGCCUGCCAACCCGUUCUUCGGCAAUCGCAUCAUCAAGAAGUCCAACACGCCGCUGCACAUUCGCGACGACUUUAACCCGUUCAAGGUGAGCAAGGUGCCUGAUGCCAAGGCGGUCGGUCCCAUGUGGGCCUUUAGCGGCAAGCCGUACCGCCAGCACUUUGUCGUUGCUCCUCCUGGCGCGCUCAUGGACGAUGGUUCCGGUCUCUACGUCGCGGGUCCCGGUGGAAUGAUGCAGCCGGGCAUGCACCCCGGCGGCCAGACUCCGCAGCAUGUCCCACAGCCCAUGCAUCCCGGUCAGAUGUCGCAGCCCGGUCCCGGACCCGCCGGACCGGGUCCCGUGCCGGCUCCUGUGCCGGGACCCGGGCCGACGCAAGGACCCGGACCGCCGCAGCAGCCGUUUGGAAUGGUGUAUCAGCCGUAUGCCGGUGCGCCGUACCAGUAUCCUGGCGGCCAGCCGCCAGCGCAGGGCAUGCAAGGCCGCCAGCCGGGCAUGAUGCAGCCCAUGCAGAUGGCGCCGAACAUGCAGGGCGCGCCCAUGCCGUACGGUGGCGUGCCGCAGCAGUUCAUGGGGCAGAUGCCCUUCUCGCCACCCAUGCACCAGCACGGCGCGCCGCAAAACAUGUACAGCCCACAGAUGGGUAACGUGCCCCCCGCGGGCCAGGCGCAGUUUAUGCCCAUGCCGCCCCCGGGCGCGGGUGGACCAAGGCCGCCACCGCCGCACAUGAAGGGCCAGCCGCAUCCACCAGGCGCCCAGCCACACAUGUACUACCCCGGCCAGCCAGGCGCCAACAUGCCCUAUGGUGCCGCACCGCAAUUCGGCGGUCAGCCCCCUCAUGCCGGUCCGCAGGCACAGGGCGGCGCUGCUCCUCGCGCGGGACCGGGCGAAUCGGGUCCCGCUUCCAGCGCGGCGUCGUCGACUGCAUGA